UUUCGAAACUGAUUUUUGAAAAAGCUUCACUCCCUCUUCUCUCUCUCUCUCUCUCUCUCUCUCUCCGACUGCGAAAAUGACAAUCGGUUACAAAGACACCGCCGGUGAAUCCAACUCCACCGCCGACGGCGACCCGCUCUUCCCGUGGCUUUUGAAGAUUAAAAAGGCGACGGAGGAUCUCUACUCUGGUAAAAAUUCCGGAGAAGAUCUCGAUGAGCUUCUCCAUGAUUGUAUCUCAACUUGUAAGCAAGAUGCUCGGUACCAAAACGACAUCAGAUUCCUCAAGAUCUGGUUCCUCUACCUUGAGGGAUGUGAAGAUUUCGAGAGUGUUUAUAGAGAAGUUGAAGAGAAGGAGAUAUGCAAAGGGCAUUCGUUGCUCUAUGAAUGGUAUGCUAUUUUUCUUGAGGUCAAAGGAUUGUGGCGAAGAGCAAAUUCGGUUUAUCAGACUGGUCUUUCAAGCACCCCAGCAGCUGUGGCCAACCCGGUUGUGCCUUGA